AUGGCAGCGAUGUCUGUUAUUGGUAUUGAUUUUGGUAACGAAUCAUGUUAUAUCGCUGUAGCAAAAGCAGGUGGCAUUGAGACAAUAGCCAACGAUUACAGUCUUCGGGGUACUCCAUCAUGUGUGGCCUUUUCACCAAAGAAUCGAAUUAUAGGAGUGGCUGCAAAAAAUCAAAUGGUAACAAAUAUGAAGAAUACUGUAUUUGGAUUCAAGAGGCUUUUGGGUCGAAAAUUUUCAGAUCCACAUGUUCAAAAAGAGUUAAAACAUUUUCCAUUCAGAGUUGAACAGAGGGGAGAUGGUGGAAUUGGUAUUAGGGUCAGUUAUCUUGGUGAAGACAAUGUAUUUAGUCCUGAACAGAUUACUGCAAUGUUGUUCACUAAAUUGAAAGAUAUUGCAGCUACUGCAUUACAAACACAGAUCAAUGAUUGUGUAAUUUCGGUACCAAGUUACUUUACAAAUGCUGAAAGGAAUGCUCUUUUGGAUGCUGCUGCAAUUUCUGGGCUUAAUGUUUUGCGUCUUAUGAAUGAAACUACCGCUACUGCUCUUACAUAUGGUAUUUACAAGCAAGAUCUACCAGCUCCAGAAGAGAAGGCUCGAAAUGUUGUUUUUGUUGAUUUUGGUUACACAUCACUUCAGGUAGCAGCUUGUGCUUUUAACAAAGGUAAACUUCGAGUACUAGCUACUGCCACUGACCCAUACUGUGGUGGAAGAGACAUUGAUAUGGCUUUAGCUGAAUAUUUCUGUCAAGAUUUUGUAACACGGUUUAAAUUAGAUCCUAAGAAAAAUCAGAGGGCCUUUUUACGUCUGUUGCAAGAAGUUGAAAAAUUGAAGAAGCAAAUGUCAGCAAACAGCACUCGUUUGCCUCUUAACAUAGAAUGCUUCAUGGAGGAGCGUGAUGUGUCUGGUGAUAUGCAGAGAUCACAAAUGGAACAGCUCUGUAGUGAAACAUUUACAAGGGUUGAAAGAACUCUAAGAGCUAUUUUACAUAAUGCUAAACUGCGACCAGAGGAUAUUUAUGCAGUUGAAAUUGUGGGCGGCUCUACCAGAAUUCCUGCAGUUAAAAGUUUAAUUGAACAAGUAUUUGGAAAACACGCUUCUACUACUUUGAAUCAGGACGAGUCUGUUGCACGAGGUGCAGCCCUCCAGUGUGCUAUGUUGAGCCCUGCUGUUCGUGUGCGUGAAUUCAGCAUUACUGAUGUGCAACCUUAUGCUGUGCAUCUAGCAUGGGAUGCUGCUCGUGGUGAAGAUGGUGAUAUGGAGAUUUUCCCACCUUUCCAUGCUGCACCAUUUUCAAAGAUGUUGACUUUCUACAGAAAAGAACCAUUUUCAGUUAGUGCUUAUUACUCUGGCCAAGUACCCUAUCCAGACACCUUUAUUGGUCAAUGGCACAUCCGAGAUGUUCAACCAACUCCGGAAGGAGAAUCACAGAAAGUAAAACUUAAAGUUAGAGUAAACAUCCAUGGCAUCAUAACGGUUGUCUCUGCAUCGCUCGUGGAGAAGAAACAGGAUUCUUCCCAAAGCGAAAAUGUAGAUAUGGAGAAUUUUAAUGAGAAUAAUCAGAACAGCCAAGAGGCUCCAAUGGACACUAAUGGUAGUGCUCAAGAGCAACAACAAAAUGGACCCGAUAACCAAGAGGUGAGAGAAGAUGAAAUGAAGGGGGAGCCGCAACAAAAACAAUCGUGGACACAGAGAGUAGGACAGUGGUUCAGCGGGGAAAGUAAUGAUGAUAAAAAGGAUAAAUCUAAGGAGAAGUCAAAGAAAGUGCUUGUGAAAACAGUAGAGCUGCCCAUCGAUUCUCGGACCCAUGGAUUUUCACAGCAAGAUGUCAACACAUACAUGGAGCAAGAGGGGAAAAUGCAAGCACAGGAUAGACAGGAGAAAGAACGCGCUGACGCUCGUAACGCACUUGAAGAAUAUGUGUAUGAACUCCGCGGAAAGCUCUCUGAAGGAGAGACUUUACACGACUUUGUUGCGGAUGAACAACGUCACCGACUUGUAAACCAACUUGAUGGGCUUGAGCAAUGGCUCUAUGAUGAGGGUGAGGACCAGAAUAGACAGGUGUAUAGUGACAAAUUAUCAGAAUUACGGACGGAAGGCGAACCCAUAAAGCAGCGACGCCUGGAGUUCGAACUGCGCCCCGGCGCCUUAGACGAUUAUGCUUUGUCUAUUCAAUUAACUAAUAAAGCUGUCGAUCAAUACAGAGCUGGCGAUGAAAAGUAUUCUCAUUUAGCAGAAGCUGAUAUACAUAAAGUAGUGGAUGCAUCUAAAAAUGCACUGAAUUGGCUGGAAAAUGCUCGUCAAGCUCUUGCACACACCCCUCGGUAUCAACAGCCUCCACACACGACACACCAAAUACGGCAGGAAAGACAGAACUUUGAGGGCCUUGUUAACCCAAUUCUGAACAAGCCGAAGCCGAAACCUAAGGAGAAAACUCCUCCUCCAGCAAAUAAUACAGCUGGGGAUGCUCAGCCGGCUGCCAACCAAGAUGCGCAACAGGCACAGCAGCAAUCCCAGGAACAAAUGGACGUAGAAUAA